CCUUCCUAUAAAUUGCAUUCUCAUAUUUCACAAUUUCGUGAAUAUGUUUUCUCCCAUUUAAUUAUUUUCAUAUUUUCCUUAUUUAUUAUGAUAUAAGGAAUUAAUGUUGUUUGUUCAUCAGUAAUUUAACUGAACUUGCGAACCCUGUGGUGUAGGAGUUUCUUUUUUCUAUUUUAACAUGUCUCAAGAUUUUUUGUUGGAACGUCCUUUGUUUGGCGGUGCAAUUACUAGUACUUUUCCUCAGAGGUUCCAGGAUGUGAGCAAUAUUCGGCAAGUCCCUGAUCAUCAGGAGGUAUUUGUGGACCCAGCACGUGAUGAAAGCUUGAUGUUUGAGCUGUUAGAUUUCAAGCAUGAAGUUGCUGAUAGUGAAAGUGCUAACUGGUUCCUUCAAGACCUUGCUACUGAACAGAAUGCUGAAGGAUGUGUGCUGUUGGAGCAGUCAGGAGUGAUAGAGGCCCCUGGAUUGCCCUUUGGAAACAUCCCUGCCACCUUUACAACUGCAGUUGGCCAAAUGGCUAUUUCUAAAGGGAGGCAAGGCAGGGAAGCACAAAAUAUUGUGAGGGUCUAUUUGGCAAAUUUACGUUUAAGGCAAGUUGGUACAGAUGUACUAGUAAUUGUUUAUGAGCCCAUUGUGAUAAACCCUUUGAGUGAAAGUGCUAGCACAGUUGGUGCUGGUUUAGCUGUUCCAGCUGCACAAUGUGGAUUGAUUCCAGUAUCUGAGGUCUUUAAACGUGCAGUUUCUAGCUUCAAAGUUAAUGACUGGAGCCUUUUUGGUGAUGCUGAGUCUUGAGAUUUGUUCAAGAGGCAGCUAUGAAUUCACAAAGACAAGUGCCCAGGAUUCUUUUCUGAGUUGUUUUUUAAAAAAUUGUGAAAGGUUGGCUUAAUUCCUUGCAUCACUCACUUUCCAUACAUUCUGAAUGUGUGUAAAGAAUGUUGAGAUGAUUUUGUGUUGCAGUUUUAUUGUUUCUGUUAAUUUCUAGACAAGUAUAUAAGAUUCUUCCUUAGGGAAGAUAGGAAUCAAAAAGAGAGUUGUAGAUGGAAAAUUAUAUCUUUGAAUUAAUGAUUUUGAAAUGCUACAGAGGUGUAAGGUAAACAUCUUUCGAAUCCAAGAAAAUUUUGCUUA